AUGGGUCGUGGCCCUUGCAAAUUCUAUGCCCAAAACAGGUGCAAAAACGGAAACAACUGUCCCUUUGAUCACAUCGACCCUCAAUCUACCUCUACAUCUUCAGGUCCCACCACCAAAAAUGACUUUGCAAACAGCGACACAGACAGAUUGGCGGGAGAAAUUCGUAAAGAUCUCGACGAACUCAAGACAUUCCAGCUCAACCCAGCGCUCACCGCGUACGGGGUAAACCAGUGGCCGAAAAAUAACCUCAUAUCUGGAAGAGAUGUUUCUCCAUUCGAACUAAGAUUGCAAUACAAUGAAGCCCAGGCGUCCAAUAAGAUGGCAGACUUCGAUAAAAACAUGGCUCUUCGUAAAAAGGACAUGGACUACUGUGUCUCUGAGAUCAUGGGUAACACUAACCUCGCUGCACACUACCUGAAAGUUUCCUCCAACCAAGUACAAAACCGCGACUUCGUUAAGAAAUCUCUCGAGACGAGUUUGCAGGAACUUCAACAGCAACCAAAUAAUGCUGGAGCAUUUGGUUCGAGUGUAGCUACAGGAAAUCCUUUUGGAUCUGCUGGAGCAUUUGGUAGUCAGGUAUCCAACCCGUUUGGUGGCUCCCAAACUAGCUCUCAGCCUGCUAAGCCAUUUGGAGCAGCAGCCACGACCGGUGGAGCGUUUGGAGCCCAAGGAGUCACUUCGACUACUAGUGCUUUUGGGUCCUCGGGGUUCGGAGCGUCUGGCUUUGGCUCUUCUAAUUCGAGUGGCUCAAGUGCUUUUGGAGCCACUAAACCUUCCAGUGGAGGUGCUUUUGGCGCCAGUGCUUUCGGUGCCAAGCCCGGAGCUUUCGGCACCCCUAACAGUACUAGUUCUGGUGCCUUUGGCGCGCUGGGCUUUUCACAGACUCAAACUGGGCAGGCCCCGAAGAGUUCGAGUGCAUUUGGUGGGCAAUCCGUUGGCACAGCAUCGGGAGGUGGCUUCGGAGCUUCCGGAUUUGGUAAUGCUCCCAAGAACCUGGGUACUGGAGGAUUUGGCGCUGCUGGCUUCGGUAGUGGAGCCGCUCCUGCUGCUAAACCGUCUGGUUUCGGUAGCGCUGGUUUCGGCAGUGCUGGUUUCGGCAACGCUGCGAACUCUGCUGCUACUACAACUUCUGCUUUUGGCAGCAACGGUUUCGGGCUGGCAAACACUGCGGCCCCCAAGGCAACACCAUUCGGAGGCAAUGCAAGUCUGAGCCUGACAAACACUCCAUCUGCUUUUGGCCAAAGCAGUACUCAAUCUGCUUUUGGACAGAGCAAUACCGCAUCCGCUUUUGGCCAGAACGCCAAUCCCUUUGGCGGAAGCAAACCCGAAUCGGCAUUUGGAAACAAUACUCCUGCCGCCAAUCCGUUCGGCCAAAAUACUGCAGGACAAACAACUACAACAGGACAAACUACCGCCCAAAGUGCUUUUGGCAAUGCUUCGCCGUUUGGACAGCCUGCUGCUACACAAUCGGCGUUUGGUCAACCUGCCGCUACUCAAUCAGCAUUUGGUCAACCUGCCGCUACUCAAUCAGCAUUUGGUCAACCUUCUACCACUCAAUCAGCAUUUGGGCAACCUGCCACUAGUCAAUCAGCAUUCGGGCAGACCCAAACCACGACCGCUUUCGGCGCGUCUCCCCAAACGCAAGGGGCAUUUGGCGCGCCCAAACCAUCUGCGGAUCAAACCAAACAGCCGGACAGCGCUUUAUCUACUUCAAGCAAAGAGUUUUUUGAUAAGUAUGAUCCUCGGGUGAAGGAAGCGUUCACGGCGGCCAGCUUUGAAUUGGGCAGUAUCCCCGAAGUUCCGCCCCCACCGGAGGUGUGUUAA